UUUACUAGUGGUUGCAUCAGCGCUCAGCAUUGGUUGGGUUGCCGGCGAAGGCACAUGUAGUAUAUUUGUUACUUAGCUAGCCGCAUUGGGGUUUAAAUUAAUAGAACAACUAGUAUAAAAUGAAACUAUUCCUAAGCAAAGGUAAUCCUCAUUGCGUGAAGGUCCUGGCAGCGGCGGAACUCGCGGGAAUAAAAUGUGACAUCAGUUAUGUGAAUCACGAAGAGAGAGUGGUGCCCUACCUGAGUCACGCCGCCGUUCCUGCCCUGGAGCUGCCCUCUGGACUGCACCUCUUCUCCGCCAACGCUAUCUGCAGGUUUUUCUUUGAGACUGGUGGGAGGGACCCCAGCAGCCUGACCAAUCAGUGGCUGGAAUGGGAGGCGACUGAACUGCAGCCCACUCUGUCCCAGGCCCUGCACCUGAGAGCCCUCCAGGGGAAGGGGGCGGAGUCAGCCGCUGCUCUGCUGCCGCCCCUCAGCUUCCUGGAGCAGAGCUUGCAGAAGAGAGCCACGCCCUUCCUGUGUGGGGACGAGGUGACAGUUGCAGACAUUGUCCUGUGGGGGGCGCUCUACCCUGUCCUGUCUGACUCCAGCUUCAUGACAGGUGAGCGAGCACAGUUGGGGGGAUGGUUUGAGCGUGUGAGCGUGCUGCAGCCCUGUCAGUUAGCAGUGGGGGCGGUGCUGAGCGGGAAAGGGGUGGAGCCACUGAAGGGGUAUUUACAAAAGCAGCCCCUCCCCCACAUCCAGAGGAGAGAGACGCAGCCCAGCAACCAGGCCGAGGCGGAGGACUCGGAGGUCGUGGUCACUGAGGAGGAGAUGCAGGCUGCCGCCCAAACCUGGAGCCGGGGCCUGGAGGACUGCCCCGCCCCCGCCAGCCGAGAACACCCCAUUCUGCCGCAGGAAGGCAGGCGGAACAUUCUGGUGACCAGCGCCCUGCCGUACGUCAACAAUGUCCCUCACCUGGGCAACAUCAUCGGUUGCGUGCUCAGUGCUGACGUCUUCGCCAGGUACGGCCGUCUGCGCGGGUGGAACCUGCUGUACGUCUGCGGGACGGACGAGUACGGCACAGCCACAGAGAACAAGGCGCGGGAGGAGGGCCUGGCCCCCCAGGAGAUCUGCGACAAAUACCACGCCAUCCACACCGCCAUCUACCGCUGGUUCCACAUCGACUUCGAUUACUUCGGCCGGACCACCACCUCCCACCAGACAGAGAUAGCGCAGGGUAUUUUCUGGCGUCUGCACGAGCGCGGGUUCCUGCUGGAGGACACGGUGGAGCAGCUGCGGUGUGAGCAGUGUCAGCGCUUCCUGGCCGAUCGCUUCGUGGAGGGGGUGUGUCCCCACUGCCGCUACCCCGAGGCCCGCGGGGACCAGUGCGACAAGUGCGGCCGCCUCAUCAACGCCGUGGAGCUCAAGGACCCCCAGUGUAAGGUGUGCAGACAGAGUCCAGUCAUCCGUUCUUCGAAGCACCUCUUCCUGGACCUGCCUCAGUUGGAGGGUCAGUUGGAGGAGUGGUUGGAGCGGUCGGUGGGUUCGGGCGACUGGACGGGUAACGCUCGGCAGAUCACGCGCUCCUGGCUGAGGGACGGCCUCAAACCACGCUGCAUCACCCGGGACCUGCAGUGGGGCACCCCCGUCCCACACCCCGACUUCUCCAAGAAGGUGUUCUAUGUGUGGUUCGAUGCCCCGAUUGGUUACCUCUCCAUCACUGCCAACUAUACCGACCAAUGGGAGAAGUGGUGGAAGAACCCAGAGCAGGUGGAGCUGUAUAAUUUCAUGGCGAAGGAUAACGUGCCAUUCCAUAGCGUGGUUUUCCCCUGUUCCCUCCUGGGCGCUCAGGACAACUACACACUCGUCAAUCACCUCAUUGCCACAGAGUACCUGAACUACGAGGACACAAAGUUCUCUAAGAGCCGCGGGGUGGGUGUGUUCGGGGACAUGGCACAGGACACGGGCAUUCCUGCACACGUCUGGCGCUUCUACCUGCUCUACCUGCGGCCAGAGGGCCAGGACUCGGCCUUCUCCUGGGCCGACAUGGCCCUGAAGAACAACUCCGAGCUGCUCAACAACCUGGGGAACUUCAUCAACCGGGCAGGCAUGUUCGUGACCCGGUUCUUUGAGGGCUCGGUUCCCCAGAUGGAGCUGCAGCCAGAGGACCUGAGGCUGCUGGCCCAGGUGGGCGCAGAGCUGCGCCAGUACCUUCAGCUGCUGGACAAAGUCAAAAUCCGGGACGCCCUGAAGUGCAUACUCAACAUCUCUCGCUAUGGAAACCAGUACAUCCAAGUAAACGAGCCCUGGAAGAAGAUCAAAGGAGGGGACCAGGAGAGACAGCGCGCUGGCACAGUGACGGGCGUGGCGGUGAACGUGUCCUGCCUGCUCUCGGUGAUGCUGGAGCCCUUCAUGCCCUCGGUCAGCGCUGACAUCCGCAGCCAGCUGCAGGCCCCGCCCCCCCACCUGCACGGCAUGCUGCAGGGCACCGGGCACUUUGUCUGCUCCCUGCCGCCUGGGCACCGCAUCGGCACGGUCAGUCCAUUGUUCCAGAAGCUGGAGGCUGACCAGAUUGAGGCUUUGAGGAAGAGGUUCGCGGGUCAGCAGCCAGAGGAAGAAGCCUCCAGACCCCAGCCUAAAUCCCACUCAGAGGCUCCGCCGGCCCCAUUGGUGCCCCCCGCUCCUGUGGACCCCCAGUCGUGUGCAGACCCAGUGAAGGCCCAGCAGCUGGCCCAGGAGGUGGCAGCUCAGGGCGAGCGGGUGCGGGCUCUGAAGGCCCAGAAAGCGGAGAAGGUUCUGGUGACGGCGGAGGUGUCCAGACUCCUGGAGCUGAAGAGGCAGCUGGCGCUGGCAGAGGGCCAGGACCCAGAGCCCCAGAAAGGGAAGAAGAAGUAACCAGGAAUGGAGGGAGGAGGAGGAGAGGAAAGGGUGGGUGGUGGUGAAAAUGAGAGGGGGCGAGAGCAGUGCUCGACAGGGAACAGGAGUUGUUCCCCCAAAUGAUUUGAAGGCACAGUGACCAAUUCCUUCCACCAGCAAAUCAGAGGCUGACAUGGUGUCAGCCAAUGAAUAGCGCCUGAGUAGCUCCUCCCAUCUCAGGCUUUAUGCACAUUUAAAGGGAUCUUUCUGAAAGCAUAACUAAGGUGUAAAUUAGUAAUGGGGCUCAUCUUCAUCAGUAAUAGCAGGGCUGCCCAACCCUGUUCCUGGGGAUCUACAGUCUUGUAUGUUUCCCUUCAACCCUAACAAAGCACACCUCAUUCAACAGCUAGGGUGUGUCCCAAUGCUCCCACAAUGCAUCCUCGCCCCCAUACUUCCAGAUUGGAGAGUUGAGUAUUCAGAUGCACCCCUAGAGAUCACCUUGAGCUGCCAACCAGUAGAAUCAGGUGUGCAAAAUAAGGGAUGAAAUGAAGACCUACGUGAUGGUAAAUUUCUAGGAACAUGCUGCAAAAAAAAAAAAAAAAAAGUCUGUCUUAACAGUUUUGUAAUGAGACAAAAAAAAAUUGCUUGAUUUUCUUAACCCAUUGGCAAAUCUUGAAAUGAGUCGAACUAUCACCCCAUUGGCAAUAUUUUUUAUUUAGCAAAAAAAUGUAUACAAACACAAUUAAGUCUAAAUUUGAGUGACUUAUUUUUCUGGUUUUUGCAGUGCAGGGUUAGGAAGGGAUUAAUCUCUACAGUGGUGUGGUGUGUUGGUCAAUACAAACAGCUGAUCUCAGUCAAAAAACAUUUUAAAUUUCCUUUUGUUUCUUGGACCCUGGAAACCAUGGACUAUGUUGGGAAUCAAUCAAAUGUAAACUAUAAAAGAAAAUGUAAACCCUUGCGUGAAUCCAGUGUUUUAGUAUUUAAUGAUGAGCACCGACUUAUUGUCACUCUGAAACAGGACCCGUUCUGCCUUUUUCCAAAGUUAAUAAAAUAUUUCCAUUUGUUAUUUA